AUGCCAGACUACAUCCUUGAGGAAGACAAGGCGAAAAAGGAAAAGGUUCCAAAAAUGUCUGUUAUGGGGGUUGGUUACCAACGUACUGGUGGUCUUGACUUCACGGUUCUUUUGCGCGACUAUCUGGCCAAGAGGUUCACGGAAGCGCAUCAUCCAAAGACCCCGAUAUAUUCCAACCCGCGGGCGAUGUCUAAGUUGCUGGUCGAAGGCGAAAGGGUCAAGAAGCACUUCUCAUUUAAUCCAGAAGUACUCGCUCAGGUCGAAACCUUGCAUGAAGGUAAAGACUUCCGUGUGACCAUUCCGCGAGAGGAGUUCGAACCAUUGUGUGAGGAACUGCUUAACAAAGUAACCGAGCCGGUAGCUGAUGCACUGAAAAUGGCCGGAAUCACUGCGAAUGACCUUGACUUCUUCAUCUUAAUGGGUGCUGGCACGAGAAUGCCGGCAGUUCAGCAACGACUACAAGCGCUAAUUCCAGGGAAGGAAUUGAACAAGUUCCUAAAUACGGAUGAAGCCAUUGCCAUGGGCGCCGUUUUCGAAGCUGCUCAUCAAAGCAAGGGCUUUAGAUAUCUAGGGGACUGA